CGCUCUGUCAGCUGUCUCACAAGCUCGGCGAAACCUGCCGCUCAACGUUAAGCUGGUAAUGCCUGAAAACGUCACUGAAAAACAUGAGCAACUCUUCGUUUUGAGACGCCCCGUGCAACUACACAACGCCUGGGGCGAAACAGAGGGGGAAAUGAAUAAAAAAUAAAAGUGACGACGUCCAGCGUGGGAGUGUCACAGCCCGAGUGCCCGCUCCGCGCCGUGUUGUUGCUGUUAGCAUAACUAGCACGUCUGCCGAGCCGUUUUGAUCGACUCUCCAGAGCUCCACCGGCCGCUAACAGCCGCGUCGGUUCGCGGUGUUACUUGAGGACUUAAUGUAGAGCCAAAGAAAGCGAAGACCCCCCGUGGAAGGUUAGUGAAGCCUCACAAAUGCUAUCUGCGCCUCCGCUUUGAUAGCGAAGACGCCGAGCCGUGCCGAGUCGAGCCGAGCCGAGCCGAGCUGAGCUAGCCAGCCCUCAGUCAGUAGAUAAAGACUAAUGACACAUGCCUGUCCAGCUGCUCACUCACCCAGUCAUGCUCGUCGCUUGCUUUAGUCUAAAGCUUAGCCUUUGAGCGAAUUAAGCGCUGGGCCGGCGAAGUUUUCGUGGAGGCAUUAAUGCUGUCGACAGUCACCCCUGACCUGUCUCCAGAGAGCCCUCUAUUCGGCACCCUCCCGCUCCCACCGCCUCGCUCCCGUGCGGCCGGCCCCAGUGGAGCCGGUGCUGCCCCUCCACACCCGGCUCCGCUCGUGCGGUCCCACCGCAAGCGAAGCGGAGAGGCCGGCAGCGCCAGCCCCCCGGCCCACGGCGCCAUGGAGGUGGGUAUGCGAGUGGUGCGCGGCUUUGACUGGAAGUGGGGCAACCAAGAUGAUGGCGAGGGCCACGUGGGCACAGUGGUGGAGGUGGGCCGCCAGGGAAGCACCACCACACCGGACAAGACUGUGGUGGUGCAGUGGGACAGCGGCACGCGCACAAAUUACCGCACAGGCUACCAGGGCGCGUACGACCUGCUGCUCUAUGACAACGCACAGAUUGGUGUCCGCCACUCAAACAUCAUCUGUGACAGCUGUAAGAAGCAUGGCAUAAUGGGAAUGCGUUGGAAAUGCAAGGUGUGUUUUGACUACGACCUGUGCACGCACUGCUACAUGAACAACAAACACGACCUCUCGCAUGCCUUUGAGCGCUACGAGACUGCACACUCGCAGCCGGUGAGCUUGACUCCGAGGCAGAACCUCUCGCGGAUCAUUCUUAAGGGAAUCUUCCAGGGUGUGAAGGUCGUUCGCGGGCCUGACUGGGAUUGGGGCAACCAAGACGGAGGAGAAGGAAAGAUUGGGAAGGUAGUCGAUAUUCGGGGUUGGGACCAGGAGUCAGGACGCAGCGUAGCCAGCGUCACCUGGUCCAACGGGACCACCAACGUCUACAGAAUGGGUCACAAGGGCAAGGUGGACCUCAAAUACGUGUCUGAUGGACAAGGAGGCUACUACUACAAGGAGCACCUGCCCAAGCUAGGUGAACAUGCAGAACUGCACAGGCAGGAGAGUGCUGAUGGUCACACAUUCCAGCAAGGUGAUAAGGUCAAAUGUCUGCUGGAGGUGGACAUCCUCAGGCAGAUGCAGGAGGGCCACGGAGGCUGGAACCCUAAAAUGGCAGAGUACAUUUGCAGAAUUGGGACAGUGCACAGGAUAACAGACCGAGGGGAUGUCAGAGUCCAGUACAGUAACAAUAUACGCUGGACUUUCCAUCCUGGCGCGCUGACUAAGGUGAAUACAUUUGCAGUAGGCGAACUGGUGAGGGUUCUGGAUGAUAUUGACAGUGUGAAGAGACUACAAGCCGGCCACGGAGAGUGGACAGACAGCAUGUCGUCUGCCCUGGGGCAGGUUGGCAAGGUGUUGAAGGUGUACGCAGAUGGUGACCUGCGCGUGGCUUUCGGAGGACAGACCUGGACCUUCAAUCCCGCCUGCCUGUCCGGCCAGCCUGGUGAGGUUGAUGCAAAUCUGAUGACGGCGGAGAACCCCAGCGAAUCAGGAAGUACAGUCAUUUCAGUCCUGGAGAAGCUGCUGUCUCAGUCCACAGAGCAGGACAACCCCGGGCGGCUAGUUAUUGAGGCUGCCCACGGCAGCGCUGCCAAAGUCCGCGAGCUGGUGCAGAAACAUCCCGACAAGGUGGACAUAAAGAAUCAGGGAAAGACGGCGCUGCAGGUGGCUGCGCACCAGGGCCAUAUGGAAGUGGUGAAGGUCCUGCUUCAAGCCAACAGCAGCAUCGAAGCCAAGGAUGAGGAUGGAGACGCAGCACUGCACUACACAGCAUUCGGGAACCAGGCAGAGAUAGCGCGUCUCCUGCUGAGCAAAGGGGCCAAUGUCAACCUGCUCAACAACUCCAUGUGUACUGCCCUCCACAUUGCGGUCAACAAGGGCUUCACCGACGUGGUGAGGGUGCUGACUGAGCAUUCGGCUGACGUUAACCUGCAGGAUUCGUACGGGGACACGCCUUUGCAUGAUGCCAUCGCUAAGGACUUUAGGAGCAUCAUUGAACUCCUCACUGUGGUGCCCAACAUCGAUUUCACCCAGCAGAAUAACCGUGGCUUCAACCUGCUGCACCAUGCUGCUUUGAAGGGCAACAAACUGGCGACGGAGAUGAUCCUGUCUCGUGCCCGGCAGCUUGCUGAUGUUAAGAAGGAGGAUGGCUUUUCCGCUCUUCACCUGGCUGCCCUCAACAACCACCGUGAUGUGGCAGAGAUCCUCAUCAAAGAGGGCCGCUGCGACGUCAACAUCCGCAACAACCGCAACCAGACGCCGCUGCAGCUGGCGGUGACGCAGGGCCACGUGGCGUUGGUGGCUCUGCUGGUGGUGGAGGGAGCUGAUGUGAAUGCUGAGGAUGAGGAGGGAGACACGGCGAUGCACACGGCACUCAGCCGCCAACAACUCACCACCACCCUCAGCACCACAGAGAGAGAGACAUCAGCACUCUACAGCCGUCUGAGCAGUUCAGGGUUGUUGGGGAACACUGAGCUGAAUGUUGGAGCCUCUAUCGCCUGCUUCCUGGCUCAAGAGGGUGCCGACAUAAACUACGCAAACCAUAAAGGCAAGAGUCCUCUGGACCUGGUGACGGACAGCAACAUCCUGCAACUCAUCAGGAGCUUCUCAGAGAAACACCGGCUUCAGCAACUGCAGGCUAUCACAUGUGGAACGAGCAGUAGCAGCAGUCUGCGGCGGGUUCACACCACGCCCAACACCAUGACCAACCUGGCCAUGCCCUGUGCUCCAGGCCCCAGCGAGUGCCUCAUCUGCUCCGAGCUCGCUCUGCUCGUGCUCUUCUCCCCAUGCCAGCACAGCGUUGCCUGCGAGGAGUGUGCUCACAGAAUGAAGAAAUGUAUCAAAUGCCAGGUCACAAUCACCAAGAAAAUCCGACAAGACCAAACGGAAGUAGAGUGUAGUCCGAACUCGGACAACUCGGAGCAGCACAACCUGCUGGAGCAGCUGCAGUCACGCUACCGGCAGAUGGAGGAGCGCAUCACCUGCCCCAUCUGCAUCGACAACCAGAUCAAGCUGGUCUUCCAGUGCGGUCAUGCCUCCUGCAUCGACUGCAGCGCUGCCCUCAAAACUUGCCCCAUCUGCCGGCAGACCAUCCGCGAGAGGAUACAGCUCUUUGUCUGAGACAUAAACACACACACAUACACACACACACACACAAACACACACACACACAGUCCUUGGGCUGCUGCUGCCCCAAGUGUCUGUGUGUGUUUUCCCCCUGGGCUGCUGGAGAUGUUGCGGCUGUCAAUGCUUGCUGUUAGAUGAGGAAGAUAGGAGGGGAGGGUCUGCUGGGAUUAGCCAAUCAGCUAUUUUUGUGCUUCUUCAGCCUGACCUGUCCAUCAUCGCCGUCAAGAUUGGUUUGGAAAAGCCAAGCUCACGUUUACUCGACAUUCGGUCAUGUUGAAGAGGAUAAUUCACACCCAUGCUGUGGAUGGAGAUAUUUGCGGAUGAUUGUGGAUGGUGAGCCAGUGACUAUGUGUGUUGGUGUGGAAGCUUUUGCAUAUUGGUUCAUCAGCUUGUUGCAAUCAAUGAGACUACAGAGUCACUUCAGCACACAAACUCACUCACAGUCAGCACACACAAGGCUCUCCGUCACAGCUCACCAACCACAAAUGAAAUGAAUCAUUAUCCUCGCGACUUCCCUCACCUCAGAGACAAUCCAUUAAUCCUUAGAACUGCUUUCUGUAAGAUUUACUCCUUGUUUUCUAUUUAAUUAGUUGCUGACUCACCCCCAUCUGUCUGACAGUAUUUGGCGCUAAACUAGCUCCGAGAUGUUUACAGACUGCAAUAUUCUCUGUAAAAACCACAGAGGAUGGAGAUAUUGUUUUGCACAGAAGCGCCAGCAUUUUAAAUCUUACAGACUGCAGCUUUAAGCCUAGUCAUACUGUGAUGCUUGUUUGAGGGUGAUGGUAUACUCCUCCCUCUAGACCCCCCAAAGGCUUUCCACAAGCAAGGGAUAUACAAUGCAUGCUGAUAUGCAUAUUAUUUAUACAAUAUAUUGUGACAUGGAGUACAUUUGUGGUGUUAUAAGGCAAUAAUUAUUUUUUUUUUUUUUUUUUUUUUUUUUUUUUUGUUUUUUUUUUUGUUUUUUUUUUUGUAAUGCGUGAUCUGCAACGUCAAGGUCAAAAUGAAGGGGUCCAAGCACCGAAGACUGCAGCACUACAUGCUAAUUUAUUAAGUCAUUUUGAUUUUGAUCUUGUCAGCAGAACCUCACAAGCAAAAGGUCAUUUACUUUUCUUAAGCACCUGUUUACAAAAGGAAACAUUUUCCUUAAAUAAAGGACACUAAAUGAAACUAAUGGCAAAGAUAUGCACAGCGUGAAGCAGCCACUUUUAAUUCAAACCUCUGUAAAGCUGUACAGAGAUGAAACCAAAUGAAAUGACAUCCAAAUUUUCAAAAGUCACCUCAUCCAUGAACAAAAUCUGACAUCCCAUGAUGAUCUGUUCCCCGUAGUGGUCAUACGUAUAAUGUAAACGUGAUCCAAUGUCCAUUUUUGCCUUGUUUGUUUGAAUCAGUGCAUCUGUUUUGGGGGAAGUUGAUAGUAGAUAGGCAGGCAUUAAUACACAUAAGCCCUUUUCUGCAAUUGUAACCUGUAACUCACAUCAACACUGUCUCAAGACGCCAUGUGAAGUGGGAUGGACUGUUUCCCCACCCUUGACUCAAGACAAAUGAAACUGACUUCUUGCUGUUGGAUCUUAAAGAUUGUGGGCAAUCCCAUGUGGUCCGCAGACUGAUGCUUUGUAUUCUUCAUUGUGGUGAGGAGCCCUCCUGCACAUUUGCUGUUUGAACGCUGUGGAGAAAGAGCAAACCACUACAAGCCUUCACGCAUGGAUAUCUGUGAGUAUCUUACUGUUGUUGUUUUUUUUCCAACAGUUAAAAUGUAAACAUUGCAUUAGAAUGGCAAAAAAAAUGUGUGUGCAUUUGUCAAGAAAUGUCUUUGACCGUCGUCAACCACUCUUUAAAAUAUCCCCCCGACCUGCGUUGGGAGUGAGAACACUUCAUCACUGCAUCCCCUGUAUAGUGCGAGAAACCAUAACGUGUUUUGUUCCAGAAGGGCUUACUGUACGCAUUGAGAAAAAAAUCUAUUUUAAUCUUUACACUUUAAUUUUGCAUUAUAUUCCGCAUCCAGAAAAGGGUUUUUUUUGUAGAUCCCACUUUGGGGAUAGCCAAUACUAAGAUGUAUAUUUGAAUGUCCGUAAUGGUAUCCUGCUGUACUGCAUCGUAGCUUUAGAGCGCUAGCGAAGCUCGUAAGAAACGAGACUAACACCAGUGCCAAAAUUUAACGUGCGUCGAAAGCGCCGCACGCUUUAGUUAACGAGAGCGUCACUUCUGUACGAAGCCUUCGUCUUGUACUGACUCAUUUAAAUGAUCCGUUUUGCAUUUCAGGGACAUUUAGCUACCCUGAAUUUCAAGACAUAGUUAUUGUUUUUGUAAUUAUUUCAAAACUGGAAUUUUGAGUAGGUUUAUUCCCCCCCUUUCAAUUCUAAAAGGACAACGGUGUAACAUCGAGACAAAGAAAGUCUGUUCAGCUUGUUAGAACAGACGUUUUGCCAAGGAAUAAGGAAAUCUGCUUACAGCUCACUAAAUAUGACUCGACUGUGGAAAGCCAUUUCCAUUUUUUCAUCAUAGAACUUUGGUUAUGCUAUCCUGUUAUGUGCUUUUUGAAGUUUGUUAGUAGCAAGAUUGAGUCUUGUGGAAUAGGUUUCGAAGCACGUUCUUGAUCACGUUGGUGGUUAAGUCUGCUGCUUUUGGUGGCAGGAGACCGUGUUUUUUGACAUUCUCACUGUCAUACAGACACUUUUGUGAAGCUAAGUAAGUUGAUGGCAAUCGCAGUACAUACAGCAGUAUUUGUAGAAGUGCUGCUAUCUUACAGAUUCAAAGGCUAGUAAGUUCGUAACGGGAUUAGAGUGAAAACUGAGACCUGAGAGAAAAUUAAAAAAUCCUGAUGAUCACCUCUAACUGCUGACUACAGCUGUUUUUCAGCUGAAGCAUCUUCUUGCCUAUUAAAGGACUAUUGUUUGAAAUAACAGAUGGAAUACACUAUUCACGUCUUAAGGUAGAUCAGUUAUGUUAAAUUGGCCCUAAAAUACUGUCCAUAGUAAGAAAAUGUGAAUUAUUUGUGAGCUGGCAGCAGACACGUGAGGGCAAAUAAGUUGUUGGUUUUGAAAAAUGUAAAAUGCUGAGUUUGAAAUGAUAUGCUGAGUUUCGCUUCCAGGAUUAUGUGUUCAAAGAUUAUUUAAGCAACAUGUGUUACUGUUGUCUGUACAGUUCAGCACGCGAAGUUCUGAUGUUGGCCUUAUUGUCCAUUCCUUUUUUUUUUCUUUUCUUUUUUUUUUUUUUUUUUUUAAGUUUUACUCUGUACAAAAUAUUUUGCAAUAAAUAUGAAACUUUUAUAAGGAUAUAAUUUUGCUUCUUUUUCUCCUCUGCAAACAUAGUACUAGUGCGUCUCAAGAGUCUCAAGACAGUCUUAACAUCUAUCACUGGUAAAACCCUCAACCAGAAUAAAUGGAAUAAAACUGCUUUCUCUACAGGCUUAAAUAAAGUCUGUUCGCCGUGGGUUGAGGAUUUAACUGACCCUAUUUAUGACGGCUUAACUGAAUAUUAUUUGUUUGUUGAUGU